AUGAAGUACAUCUUUUCCGAAGAGCAGCUGGUCAUCCCAGACGAUGUCAAAAUCCACAUCCGCUCCAGAAUCGUGACGGUCGAGGGACCCCGAGGCAAAUUGGUCAAAGAUCUCUCCCACAUCGCCGUCACCUUCUCGCUACCCAAGAGCAAGAAGGGCCAACAACUCGUGCGCAUCGAGAUCCACCACGGCUCCCGCAAGAAUGUCGCUACCCUCCGAACCGUCAAGUCCAUCAUCCAGAACCUCGUGACCGGCGUCACGAAGGGCUACAAGUACAAGAUGCGAUACGUUUAUGCCCAUUUCCCCAUCAACGUCAACAUUGAGAAGAACGAUGAGGGUCUGUACCAUUUGGAGAUCAGAAACUUCCUAGGCGAGAAGAUCGUCCGACACGUCACCAUCCCCGAAGGCGUCACGAUCGAGACCUCCAAGGGUGUCAAGGAUCAGCUCGAACUUUACGGCAAUAGCGUGGAAGCCGUCUCACAGUCCGCCGCCGACAUUCAACAGAUUUGCCGAGUAAGAAACAAGGAUAUCCGAAAAUUUUUGGACGGUCUGUAUGUCAGUGAGAAGGGUAACAUUACCGAGGACUAG